CUGUCAAAUCUAAUGCUUCCGAUUCACAAGAAAAAGAACGAAUAAGAGAGCGGAGUUCAACAUAACCAAUCUGUAAUGGGCUGUGAUUUCAUCAACAACAGAGCGAGCACAGCGUUGCCAAAAGCCAAGCCUCAGAACAGAAAUCGCUCGACACAUCAAAUUCACAUAACUCAAGAGAGCUCACCUCGAGUUAAAGUCCCUGUAUGCAAGCGGCGAUGCAAGAUCCAUGUCCAGCUGAAAGCACGGUGCAUGGAAGGACAUGAAGAAAAGCGUAACAAUGGGCAUUCAACUAGAAGAGCAGCUUUUCUAGUCAGCAGCUGCAAACGAGGUCAGACAAAUUCAUUAAGUGGCUUCUACAUCUGCAAAUCAACAAUCAUUAACAUGCCAUGAAAUUGGUAAGCGAAUUGAAGAAGAAGACUGCCAAAAAGCUUUCCAGAAAUGGAGAAACUUGUGCCUGGCAAUGGCCAACAAAAGGGUAUAGCAAUGGUCAGACUCCGACAGCGGACAGAGAGGAAAGUUGAAAGCAAACAUGAUAUGAUUAUGUGUAUAAAUUUCACGCUUCAGAGACAAAUUG